AUGGGUUGCGCAAAUUCCAAGCAAAAGCGAUGUAGACAUUGUAACAACCCCUAUUCGCCAGUUCCAAGAAGCUAUUCAAUGCAUGUUCAUCACCCACCUCAAUCACAGGAUGAUGAUAGUUACCAUGCUGUAGCACUCACAUCAACCACAUUAGGUAAUCUCAAACUCAAUUCUCCUUCUAGUUUCAAUGGUGAUUUUAGAUUCUCUAAUGGUAAAGUGGAAGAGAAUGGGAGUUUUAGGUUUGAUAGAGAAAGCUUAAUGCAAAAACUCAACAAGGAAAGGGAAAAGGAGAAAAAUGAGAAAGAAGAAUUGGAAAUUGAUGAGAAAGUUGAAGAUUUUUCAAUGGGGUUGAUUGAGGCUAAGACUUGGUCUAGUAUGAUUGAAGAAAAGUUAACAAAAGUUGUUCCUAUGACACCAACAAGAACACCACCUGGUGAGCCAGAAACAAUCAAUACAUGGGAGUUAAUGGAAGGUCUUGAGGAUGUUAGUCCUUUUCGAUCGCCGAAUCACUUCAAAAGCUUCUCUUUUGAUGUCAAUGGUGUUGUUGUUGUUGAUGAUUGUGUUGGUGUUGGUGUUGGUGUUCAUCCUCCUAAGCCCUUUUGGCAGGAGGAUGAAUCAAAACUCAAUCCGGCGAUAUCGGAUUUUGAUCCGGAGGUGAUUUCAUCAUUCAAGAUGUCUUUACAACAAAUCUCUCAUGAUAGUCCUUUUCAUCUUAGGCAGACACCGAUUCGCGAAGAUAAGCUACGGUUUGAUGAUGAUGGUGAUGAUGAUGAUGAUCUUUUUGUGGAUGCUAAGGUUGGUGGGAAGGAAAAGGUUGUUUUGUACUUCACAAGCUUGAGAGGAGUGAGAAAGACUUAUGAAGAUUGUUGUCAAGUGAGGAUGAUAUUGAGAGGGUUAGGAAUGAAAAUUGAUGAGAGAGAUGUGUCAAUGCAUUUAGGGUUCAAGGAAGAGUUAAGAGAGCUUUUAGGUGAUUUGUAUGGUGGAGGAAGAUUGCCAAGGGUUUUUGUUGGUGGAAACUACAUUGGUGGAGUUGAGGAAAUUGAGAAAAUGCAUGAAGAUGGAAAGCUUGAGAAAUUGUUGGAAUGUUGUGAGAAAAUUGAGGAUAGUUGUGGGGAAUGCGAGAAUUGCGGUGAUAUAAGGUUUGUUCCUUGUGAAACUUGUUUUGGAAGUUGUAAAAUCUACCACGAAGGCCGUGAUCAAGACGACGAAGAAGAACGAUACGAUGAUCAUGACGAAGAUGGUGAGUCUGGAUUUCAACGUUGCCCGGAUUGUAACGAAAAUGGACUAAUUCGUUGCUCUGUGUGCUGCUACUAG